CUGAUGUAGCGUCUCUCUCUCCUGCACACCCACGUUGAGGUGCAAGUCUAUCCUUCUUCUGUACCAGUUUUAUCUCGACAUCGGUCUUGGCUGUGACCCAUUACUACAGUCAUGGCACCCAAAAAGAGCAAGGCUGCUAAAAAAAAUAAAGCUGAUAUAAAUGAGAUGACAAUAUUGGUAGAUGACAGUCCCACCAGCAAAAUAAAUGGACUAAACACUCUCCUGGAAGGUGGAAACGGCUUCAGUUGCAUCUCUACCGAGGUCACCGACCCUGUAUAUGCACCUAACCUCCUGGAGGGUCUUGGCCACAUGAGGCAAGAUGGCUUCCUCUGUGACCUGACUGUUGCAACCAAGUCCAAAUCCUUUGACGUUCAUAAGGUUGUGCUGGCUUCCUGCAGCGAAUACAUCCAAGGCAUGCUCCGAAAGGAUCCAUCCCUGAAGAAGAUUGAGCUCAACGAUUUGUCUCCAGUUGGUUUGGCUACAGUCAUCACUUACGCAUAUUCUGGAAAACUGACAUUGUCUUUGUACACCAUCGGCAGCACGAUCUCAGCUGCCAUGCUGUUGCAGAUCCAUACUCUGGUGAAGAUGUGCAGCGAUUUCUUGAUGCGGGAGAUUAGCGUGGAGAACUGUAUGUACGUCAUCAAUAUUGCUGACACAUACAAUCUGAAAGAGACGAAAGAAGCCGCUCAGAAGUUCAUGCGGGAUAAUUUUAUUGAGUUCUCAGAGAUGGAGCAGUUCCUGAAGCUCACCUAUGAGCAGAUUAGCGAAUUCCUCAUGGAUGAUUCCCUUCAACUGCCUUCAGAGCUUACAGCUUUCCAGAUUGCGGUGAAGUGGUUGGACUUUGAUGAGAAGCGGCUGAAGUAUUCUCCUGACCUGCUGUCCCACAUUCGCUUUGGAACCAUCAUACCUCAGGACCUUGUCAGUCACGUACAGAAUGUUCCCAGAAUGAUGCAAGAUUCAGAGUGCCACCGUCUGUUGGUUGAUGCUAUGAAUUACCAUCUGCUGCCGUUUCAACAGAACAUCCUUCAGUCCAGAAGAACCAAGGUCCGGGGUGGUCUACGCGUACUGCUCACAGUGGGUGGACGACCCGCCCUAACAGAAAAGUCCCUCAGCAAGGACAUUCUCUACAGAGAUGAGGACAACGUCUGGAAUAAGCUGACUGAGAUGCCAGCAAAGAGCUUCAACCAAUGCGUGGCAGUUUUGGAUGGUUUCCUGUAUGUGGCUGGUGGUGAAGACCAAAACGAUGCUAGGAACCAAGCAAAACAUGCUGUGAGCAAUUUCUGCAGAUAUGACCCUAGAUUCAACUCAUGGAUCCACCUAGCUAACAUGAUUCAGAAGCGUACUCAUUUCAGCCUUAACACCUUCAACGGUCUCCUGUUCGCUGUGGGUGGACGAAAUUCUGAUGGUUGCCAGGCAUCUGUUGAGUGCUACGUUCCAUCCUCUAACCAAUGGCAACUGAAAGCAGCAAUGGACGUCCCUAGAUGUUGCCAUGCCAGCACAAUUAUUGAUGGCAAGAUCUUGGUGACUGGUGGUUACAUUAACAAUGCAUAUUCACGUGCCGUAUGUUCUUAUGAUCCAUCCACUGACACCUGGCAGGACAAGAACAGUCUAAGCACCCCAAGAGGAUGGCACUGCUCAGUGACCGUCGGAGAUCGUGCAUAUGUUCUUGGUGGCAGCCAACUGGGUGGACGCGGUGAGAGGGUGGAUGUCUUUCCAGUUGAAUGUUAUAACCCUUACUCUGGCCAGUGGAGCUAUGUUGCCCCCUUGCUGUCAGGGGUGAGCACAGCAGGUACUGCCACCUUGAAUAACAAGAUUUACGUCCUGGGUGGUUGGAAUGAGGUUGAGAAAAAGUAUAAAAAAUGCAUUCAGGUGUAUAAUCCUGAUAUCAAUGAAUGGACUGAGGAUGAUGAAUUGCCAGAAGCUACAGUUGGUAUUUCCUGUUGUGUUGUCACCGUCCCCACACGCAAAACACGGGAGUCGAGGGCCAGCUCUGUUUCAUCAGCUCCAGUUAGUAUAUAGGCCUAAGCAUUGAUAUUAGGGACACUGGUUAAUUGGCCAACUGUAAAAUUUUCAGCUUAAUAUUUGUUGAAGAUCUUUUUUUCUCAGAAAUGUCAAAAUUAAGAGUCAGUUCGUGACAAUCUCCAAAUUUUGAAUCAGUCUAUUGGGGGUUCCAAAGUCGGUCCUGGAGAGCCGGUGUCCUGCAGAGUGUAGCUUCAACUUGGCUCAACACAACUGUCUGGAAGUUUCUAGUCUGCCUAGUGAGACCUUACAUGUGUCUCAAUCACGUCCAUUGUUUAGUAGUCUGGGCACUGACAAGCGAGUCAGCCAUUUUUAGGGUUGUCUCAUAUUCGCAAAAUCCUUCUAGUGUACUGAAACGUUCAUUCUCUAAAAAUUUCCAAAAUGCACUGCAAAAACCAGGGAGCAUCAACACUCCCUAUUUUCCCUUACCAGAAAUCACAUGACAAGUUUUGAAGACACUUAACCAAAAUCGCAGGAGCCAACUAAAUAAACUUCAUGAAGCAUGAUUAAUUCAUGUUAUGUGUAAACAAACAUUGCUAGACAGGAAGGCAACACAACAGUUAAAUUUAAUAAUCAACCAAAUUUGUGCACUGACAUGUAACAGAAUAAUGAAAGUGUUUCUCAUUGAAAAGAAGUCACAGAGAUGUCGGUUUUGCCGGUUGUUGAUUAAUUCCAGCUGUGAAGUAAAAUAAGUAAACAGUGUCCAAAUGAGUAGUUGCCAGUGCCAGUGCCCUGACCUGUGUACAUGGUAUACUGAUUCACAAUAUCGGGACAAGGGAGCUGAUUGACACAGGGCUUGAUUAGUUGGUUCAGGUGUGUUUGAUUAGGGUUGAAGAGCUAAAGUCUGCAAGACCAAUUUUGGACACCUAUAAUCUCUAGAACAUUAUGAAUGCUGUAUACAACUUUAGACGACUGUAGAGAACUAUUAUUAUUUAUAUAAACCACUUUGUUUAAAGAAGAAUUUAAGUUUGUCCAUUUUGAUUAAUAAAAAAAUUAAAAUAAAGUUGAAAGAUGAUUCACAACUUGUGGGAACAGUGGAAAAAAACAUAUUUUGGAGGUGCAUUUGUUAUGUGUAGAUGGUGAAGGAAACAGAUGAAAGCAACUUGCAUAUUUGUGAAAUCGAGAGCUUGUAGUCAUACCAUUCUUUUCCAAGUUUUCAAGUGGGGCCAAUUUUUUUAAUUGAAUAAAUCCCUUAAUAUAACUACAGAUUUAAUAAUACUAUAUUGAUUGCAAGUUAAAACAUUGCAAUCUGUCCAAAUAUGUUAACCUUUUUUUGAAGACCUAAAAAUGGUUGUACUCAAUAACAUUAUUUUCUAGUAGUGUUAUUCUGCAUUGUGCUCAUGUAGUGUUCAGUUGCAUAUUACAAUGCUAUGAAAUAAAUUGGUAGGUCAUUUUAACUUGCCUUCCCUACUUACCAGGAGUAGGUAUAUUAAAACUAAUAGUACAGCCAGUCAGUUUACACUAUAAGAAUAGAAAGCUAGGUAUGGUGUGACAAUGCUGAAUGGGACUUAAAUGACAUGGCAUGUUUUACUAAUGGGUGAAUAACUGUGAAAAUAAUAACGAGUUGUGCCUGAAUUGUCUAGAACGUUUUUUCCCGACAGUUCAUGAUUUUAAAUGCUCUGGAUAUAAAAAAAAUCGAUCUUUUAAAAUAUAAUCAGUCAAUGGAUUGCAUUCAUAAUAAUAUCUACAUGUCAUGUAAGAUCUGCAUAUUUAUUAAAGGUUCUUAAGAAA